ACUCCAUCUUGAACUCGAUAAACUCAGCUCUUGUGAUAACUUCAAUCUCUCCAUUAACCUUUGUAAAUAUUUAAAUCUGUGAUAUAAAACUCCGCGAUAACAACGAUGGAAACGAAACGAGACGUUAAAGUAUAGACUCCAUAAUCUCUCUAUCUCUCUAGUAUUUAGAUCUUAAUUAUGACAUCGAAUUUUCACCAAAAUAUCUUUCAUGGAGACCCAUCAACGAACACUCGCUUGUUAAAAAUUUUGUGCGUAGGACGCGUUUGCCUUGACAUUGUUCAAACAUGCAUUCACUUUCCCUCGGAAGAUUCCACUCAAAGAUCUACCGAUUAUAGAUGGCAAAGAGGAGGCAAUGCGUCCAACACUUGUACCGUACUAUCGUUGAUAGGGCAACCGUGCGAACUUAUGGCUUGCUUAAGCGGAGAUGAGCAUGUUGACUUCAUACGAAAUGAUCUACGCGGAUAUAAAAUUGACUAUUCCCAUUGCCCCAUGAUUGAAGGCACUGGCUGUCCUGUUGCAACCAUUAUAUUGAAUUCGAGCACCGGAUCUCGCACGAUUGUAUAUCACGAUCGAGGUUUACCGGAGUUGACUUUCAAAAAUUUUGAGCUGUUAAAUUUAGAGGAAUACAGCUGGAUUCAUUUUGAGGGAAGAAAUGUCGAUCAAGUCCUACUUAUGAUCAAGCGUAUAAGAGAUUAUAAUGAUUCGUUAAAUUGUACGCACGAUCAUGCUACGGAUGAUCGCGUGCCAAUUACGAUUAGCGUAGAAUUCGAGAGUCCUAGGGCAGGCCCGAGGUUAUUGGAUUUAUUGCCCUAUGUAGAUGUAGCUUUCAUAGCGAAAGAAUUCGCCGGGUCCUUGGGUUUUAACAAUAUGAAUGAGAUAAUACGUAACAUCGGCCAAAGUGCCAAAGCAACCAUUAUUUGUGCUUGGGCUGAGGAUGGCGCGAUCGCUUGUACUCCGUGCGGUGUGACGAUACGAUCGACAGCUUUCCCUCCACGAAGAGUAAUCGAUACCUUAGGUGCGGGUGAUACGUUCAAUGCGGCUGCUCUGUACUAUUUGAAUAAAAGCAAAAUAGAAUUGAUACGCGAAUAUAAAGAUCAAACGGAUCGCGCGAAUAACGAACUGAACCGAUCGAAGAACGAUACUUCGAAUAAUAACACGAUUGGACCAGAUGUUGAAGAAAAUUUGGAUAUAAAAGAUCUAGAAUACCGUCGAACAAAAUUUAUUACUGAAACCGUUUUACAAAAAACUAUCAGAUUUGCGUGCUACGUUGCUGGCGCAAAAGUGGGAUUGAGAGGAUACAAUGGUCUUGACGUAAUUGUCAAGGAUAUUUUACAACAGGAUUGUUUUUCUUAGAACGUUUUUGAAAUAUAUUUGUAUAUUUGUUAUGAUUAAAAA